AUGAAUUGUCAACGCUCGAUGCCUCAGCAAGCUGUAAAUCUGCAAAAGACCGGUUUGAAUUUUUCAAAUAAAACACCAAAAGAAGAAACGAAAAAACCAAGAAAGACAAGAACACCGCACAAUGUCUAUCAGCUAGAGAAACUGGAGGAAAGAUACAAAAAAAGCCCCAAAAUUAAUAUGAUUGAAGUAGAAAAACUUGGUGCCGAAAUUGGUCUGUCUGGGGAACAAGUGUACUGUUGGUUUAAAAAUAGAAGAAGACAUAGACAGACAGUUAGAAGAAAUGCCCAAUCAUCAACAUCAGGAUCAAGAAAACCGCUGAAUCAAAAAUUUUCCAUUUCUUCAUUGCUCACCGAAAAUUCUCCUAUUAGCCCGGUCCAAUUAGCUGCUGAAAGUACAACUGAUGAGUCGGAAAGCGAAAACCUGAACGGAAAGAAAGAUACUGCUCACCAAUAUUCGAUUGACAAACUUCUUGCCAAAUUUCAACAAAAAACCCAACAGCUGGCUGACAAUUUGAAACCUAACACACCUUCGUUGCAAGGCUCUUUCAAUGCAACUAAUUCGAGCAAUGGAUAUUAUCUGAAUGGCGCUUUCCCAGUUUUUGGAUUUCAUCAACCAUUUAUUGGAAUACCUAUGGCUCCAUUGUUUACUCCUCCAGUGAAUUCACCUGCGCCAGUGCUUUUCCAGAAGGAUCAUCAUAACUCAUCUCAUCUGUCACUUCUCCCGAAGUCAGGAAUCAACAAAUGCGGAAAAUUUACAUUCGAACAAUAUGAAAAAUUGGAGAAAAGAUUCAAUGAGAAACCGAAUAUUGAGCAACCAGAAAAAAAGAAGUUUGCGGCAGAAAUCGGGUUAACUUCUGCACAGGUUGCAAACUGUCGAGUACAACUAUCCGGUACAAUGCCCCGUAAAACACAGCCUCGUAAAUUACGACCGCCACCACCACCACAACAAGUGUUCCCGCCGUCCAAACUCAAUGAGUACUCAAUGCUUGUCACCAGUCUCCUCGUUAAACUGGAUCGAACCAGUGUUGUUGCCGACGCUUUCCUUCAGGACUUACGUCGAACCAAAAACGCGAAAAGGAUGUUCAUCGGAACCAAUGGGGAGGCACUGAUCGCCUCAAAAAACGUCCAAGCUGGUGAUAUCGUUCUAGAAAUGAAUGGACAUGUAUCGCUAACGACUGAAGUGGAGAAACCAGCCGGUGGAGGAAACGGUAUGUUUCUAUACGAAGGACUGACAUCUAAAAAGAGAGACGUCAUCUGCAUCGACACCAACGGACUUGGGAGUGAUACGAACCCUACCAGAAGAUCCUGUAAACCAAAUUGUGUUCUGAAGCACAUUAUGGGUACCGAAGAUACCUUGGGAAUUAUGCUUGUAGCAACGAAAUUUAUCAGGAAAAACGACGAGAUCACUCUUCCGUUCGACUUCGACUAUAAGGAUUCGUUGAUUCCUUUGAAAUGUGUUGAGCACACGUCAAAUAUUCACACUUGCCCAUUCGAGCGUUGUCGUUUGAAACUUGAGGAUAUCGACGAGACGGAGUCAAAUGGAACCAAAGUUGGUGAAGACGUGAUGGGCCACGCGAACACAGUUCCUGUUCAACCAGCUAAGGAACGUUCUCGUCCUCGCUCCCAGUCAUGCUCUUCAAAACCAAGACACGUCCCAACGACAUCAGCUUCGACCGCAUCUUCCACAGCUUCUUCCGGAUCGAAAGCUAAGACUUCUCGUCCACCAGGAACGACCACUGCGCGUCGUAACUCAGCUUCUAGAGCACCUGUCGCAACGAAAGCUCUGACUUGUCGUCGUCUUUCAACAAAAGCUCGACCAAUCGCUGUGAAGGCUCUUGCAGGAACGACCACUAACACUAAGAAAUUGAUCACAUCAAGACAAGAUGUGGAAGUAAAUGAUCAGAAUAUGCCUGGCUCAGUUGCACCACCAUCUACCGCACCUCCAAGACGUGUCUCCCUUCGGAAGAUGUCUACAUCCUCUGCGUUGGCGACCGCAUCGACGAACAAGGCACCACUCGGCGAUCUUCGUUCUGAAAAUAGCGAGGAGGCAGCCGCGGGCAAGAGACGCCGUCACAAUUAG